AAAUGAUUCAAAAACAAAACAUUCGAAUUGUGCCUAGGUCGUAAGUGGUCGUAAAUUGCUAGUGGGUGCUACGGGUUUUUCAAAUUUUUUGUUAAGUGACUCGUUCAGCAAAGCAUCACAAUGCCAGAAGGUCCGAGCGACCUAGAACUCCGUAGGAGGCAGUUCAAAGCCCAAAUGUCUACAGUACAAACUCGUCGACAACAAGCCGUUUGCGUCCGACGAGCUUACAAACGAUACGGAAGUAAAAGCAACCCCUAUGUUAUUUUAGAUGGGUUGAAUAUGACCGUACCGAAAGGUGCCAUAUAUGGAUUAUUAGGGGCUAGUGGUUGUGGUAAAACGACUCUACUGAAUUGUAUAGUUGGUCGAAAACGAUUAAAUUCAGGAGAAAUAUGGGUGCUGGGCGGCAAACCAGGAUCCAGGGGAAGCGGUGUCCCUGGACCACGAGUAGGAUAUAUGCCACAGGAAAUCGCCCUUUAUGGCGAAUUCACAAUCCGCGAAACUCUUAAAUAUUUCGGCUGGAUCUCCGGAAUGACCACACAACAAGUCGAAGACAAACUCGGAUUUCUAGUCAGUUUUUUAAUGUUGCCAGACGCCGAUCGCUUAGUAAAAAAUCUAAGUGGUGGUCAGCAAAGACGUGUGUCCUUAGCUGCGACCCUUGUUCAUGAACCCGAAUUGUUGAUCCUUGACGAGCCCACCGUAGGAGUAGAUCCUUUGUUGAGACAAAACAUUUGGAAUCAUCUGGUCGAAAUUACCAAACACGGAAGGACAACGGUCAUUAUUACGACACAUUAUAUCGACGAAACAAGGCAAGCCCAUCUGAUCGGUCUAAUGCGAGGUGGAUAUUUCCUCGCCGAGGAAUCCCCCGAACGUCUAAUUACUCAGUUUGGGGCCGACAGCCUCGAAGAUGUUUUUCUUAAACUUAGCGUCAUUCAAAAUAUGGGAAAAAGGCGUCGAUCUAGCAUCCUCCAAGGGGUCACUGAAACUAUCCACGUCCCUACCGGAACAAUUAACGAGGCUGCUGUGAUCGAUGACGAAGUUGGUGAAAUUUCCGGUGAGUUUGGAGACAACGUCUCGAUGUCCAGUCGAGGAGGACGCGUCUCGAUAGCCCCCGAACCUACCGAAAAUGCCCCUCCGGAGCUCCCCCCGGAAGAAGAGCCCCCAAUGACCUUCUCGGAUUAUUUCAAAAUUGUUAAACUGCACCACAUGAGGGCCCUCAUUUGGAAGAAUUUCCUCUGGAUGUGGAGAAAUGCGCCAGUUAUGGCUUUUAUAAUCGGACUGCCGGUUCUUCAAACGAUUCUGUUUUGUUUGUCGAUAGGGCAUGACCCGACGGGGUUGCCACUUACCGUGGUUAAUCACGAAUUAGAAGAGUCUGAAGUUUGUAAAGUUACUCCGGGGUGUAAUAGUACACGGCUGAGUUGUAAUUACUUGGACUUUUUGCAAAAACGGACUUUGGAACUUAGCUUUUAUGAAAGCGAAGAAGAAGGUAAAGAGAAGGUGCGGCAUGGGAAAGCUUGGGCAACUUUAGUUUUUCCGAGUAAUUUUUCGGAUUCGUUAAGGUCAAGAAUCAAUGGAGGUCGAAGUGUGCCUGAUUGGGAUUUGGUCACGUCUUCUGUUGCGGUGUAUCAGGACAAGUCAAACGAAAAUCUCGGCAGUUAUAUCCAAAGAGACUUGUAUUUCGCUUUUGAAGAUUUCUUUAAAGAUUACCUAACUUCUUGUAACAUUGACAGUAAGGUCGGAACAAUACCAAUCAGAUGGGAAAAGCCAGUCUACGGUUACGACAAUCCAGACUUCACAGAUUUUGCGGCACCUGGGGUCAUACUUACAAUUAUAUUCUUCUUGGCAGUGGCUUUAACCUCCGGCGCUAUGUUACUCGAACGAAACGAAGGAAUUCUUGAGCGAUCCCUUGUAAAUGGAAUAAGCGGUAUCGAACUUCUCUCUUCCCACGUCAUCACCCAAUUUUCUGUCAUGUUUGGUCAAUCUGCCAUGGUCUUAAUUUUUUCAUUUGCCAUUUUCGGCAUCACUCAAAACGGAAAUCUACUUCUUGUUGUUAUACUAAUCGUCAUCACUGGCCUUUGUGGAAUGUGCUUCGGAUUCGUCGUCGCUUGUAGUUGCGAUAACGAAAGAUCCGCCACUUACAUGGCCAUGGGGAGCUUUUUACCCAUUGUAAUGUUGUGUGGUAUCAUAUGGCCAAUAGAAGCAAUGCAUAGUGUCCUCCAAGUGAUUUCCUAUGUGUUGCCAUUGACAAAAUCGACGGAAAGCUUAAGGUGUAUUCUUGCCAGAGGUUGGGGUAUUGAAACUACGGAAGUUUACGGAGGAUUUAUUGCAACUCUCAUUUGGAUUAUUGUCUUCUUAACCAUUAGUAUACUUUUGCUCAAAUUUAAGAAAGGUUGAUUAUGUGAUGCUAGCAUAUCGAGUAGUUUUAUAUUUGUAUUAAUUUAAUUUGUUUUUAUUUAAAUAAAACUCUGAUAAGUUU